UGCAGCCAGCCCCGGGGGUGCAGGAUGGCUGCUGAAGGAGGGGGAGCCGAGCCCGUCGUCCGCUCCAGGAUGGAGAACUUCCGAAAGGUGAGGACGUCAGAGGAGGAGACCCCCUUGCCCUUCCCUGACCUGCCCCCGGACGUGGUGGAGAUGAAAGUGAAAGAGGGCAGCAAGAUCAGGAACCUGAUGAACUUCGCCAUGGCCCAGAUGGAGCUGAAGGGCAGGCGGCAGAUCGUCUUCAGCGGCUGCGGCCGGGCGGUCACCAAGACCAUCACCUGCGUGGAGAUCAUGAAGAGGAAGCUGGGGGGUCUUCACCAGGUCACCAAGGUGCGCUACAAAACCUUGCUGGAGGUCUGGGAGAACCAGGACCCGCUGCCCGGUGGCCCAGCGCAGAACCUGACCGUCCACAAGAACGUCCCUUCCAUCUGCAUCCUCCUCUCCAGAGACCCCCUGGACCCCAACCAGACGGGCUACCAGCCCCCCGAGCCCCGGCCCGGCCUGGGGGUGCAGCUCAACGAGGUCAAAGAGACAUCCAGCUCCUCCACCAAGGGGCUGAAGCGGCCCCUGCCACCUCCCGAAGAGGAGCUGCUGACCAAGAAGUUGCAGGUGGAGGUACCUGACAGCCUGGGGGGCUCAGGGACCACUGGCCACCCACCGGGCUGCCACCACUGACCCCACCAGCUGAACACCGGGUAUCCAGGCAGGAAUCUAGGGAGGAGAUGGUGUGCUGGAGAAGCUCUAGGAUCUGGAGCCACCUUGCUGUGGAUGAAGCAGCGUCCAGCUUUGCACCAGGGUGACCUGUGAGCUGCAGGCUCCCCUCGACCCCCCCCCAGCAAUGGGGGCUGGCUGCUGCGGGGCACCUUGUCCCCACAUCUGGGGUUCAAGGGUUACACCUGCCAGCCCUUGGCUACGGCCUGAAGCUGGGUGGACACCUCGAGGUGAGCUGCUGACCCUGCACUUGGCCACCCAAGGGGCAAUGCCACCAGCUGUCCCAUUGCCACAGGGACUCCCACGGAGCACCCGGGGGGGGGGUGACAGACCCCAGGGCUGGGGAAGGCAGCUGCACAUCAUCGCUCCCCACGGGGAGGUCUCGGCCAUCUGGAGAGCCCCAGUUUUGCCCCCAGCUUCUUGGAGUCACAGCUUCAUCAUCAAAACUGCUGCACUCACAGCCCGGCAAGGAGCUGUCAGGUUGCUGAAGGCCAGGCUCAGCGCCCCAUUGCACCCCAAAGAAAACACAGGAACCACCAGACGGGUCCUUCUCUCCACGCAGCAGUGACAGAAAAUAAACCUCUUCUUCUUCCUGCAUCAGAUG